CUUAAGGCUAUGAUCAUGUGUAUAAUGUAAGAAGAUGAAGUCUUUGUAAAGAGUCUGAAAACUUUUCUUGCCUGUAUGUUGCAAAAAUCCGGUUUUUGAGGAUUCUCUUCUGUAGAUAAUAGUUUUCAAGAUUCCUCCUUUUAGUUAAAUCCAAAACCCAGAUAAUACCCAAAGGGCCUUUUUUUUUCUUAAGCCCAAGAUUCGACCGAUUUAAGAAAAGAGCCUCCUUUGCCGGAAAAACGAAAAUGGCUCCGACGAAGAAAGGAAAGAAAGCAAAUUCAGCCGCAUCAACGACGGCUAAAUCGACCGCCGAUGAUAGCUCUAGCUUUCCGUCGUGUUUGCGCCUCGUUUCACCUUCCUCCGUCGCCAUCACUAUCCACGCGAAGCCUGGUUCCAAAUCCGCCUCCAUAACCGAUGUGAGCGAGGAAGCGGUGGGCGUUCAGAUCGACGCUCCGGCCAGGGAUGGUGAAGCUAACGCAGCUCUUCUCGAGUACAUUAGCUCUGUAUUGGGGGUGAAGAGAAGACAAGUUUCAUUGGGUUCAGGAUCUAAGUUUCGAGAUAAAGUUGUGAUUGUCGAGGAUAUGACUCAACAAAGCGUUUUCCAAGCUUUGUCCGAAGCAUCAAAACCUACCUAAAAGUUCCCCAAGAAGCCAAGUGGUUUAUUCUUCACUUAAGGUACGAAUGGGAUUAAGAUUUUCCGGACUGGUAAUAUAGAGAUCAUUGGUCAGUUAUACUGUGAUUGUAUGCGACAUGUAAAUUUUUAGACCAAGUUUUGUUUAAUGUAGUCAGAGUUGAUCUGAAGUCAUAGAGUGACUUGUUAACUUUGGAUUUAGGAUGGCUUCGAUAUCUGUCUUUGCUUCAUUGAAGUGGAAGUUGUGUAAGCUAUUUUGUUGGCCAAAGCAAUUAGCUAUUUAUUGUGUUCCCAAAUAUACCAAAACUCAUGAUCCAUUGAAUGUGUUAUUUGUGUUAAA